AAAUAUUUCUACAGUACAUUCCUAUUGCCAAAAAGCAUUGUCAGCUUAACUGCAUGCAAAUAAAAUAGUGCAAAACUUAAAUAAAUGAAUAUAAAAUAUAAAUCUCUUUCUCAAUGGUAAUGGGACAUGUUACGAUAACCAACGCGUCCUCUCGUUCCACUGCGGUGAACAGUGAUCUGGUCAAGCAGGGGAAAACAUGCUGUGGAUCUGCUGCUUAGAAACUUGGUUUGAAAAAGAGCCCCGCCCUCCUUCUGCCUCUCCUGGAGCCUUAUAACCAGAUGCCUGUUCUUCAGACGCAGAUACCCAAGAAAGCCACUGGACUUGAGCACACUUACGCAACAGAUCCUGGAGAGCAGACAGAAAGAAACCCGACGGAAUAUACGCUUACAUUUGUUUAAAUCCACGAGAAGCAUCUUUCCUGAAGAAGACAUGGAUUUUUUGAACCACAACUACUUGAGUGCGCGCUCCCCUUACGACUACACCUUUAAUUUUUGGAACGACUAUCUCGGGCUGUCCACGCUGGUCACAAAGAACAACAAGCACAGCGUCCCCCAGAGUCCCAACUCCAUCACGGAGUCCCUGAAAGCCACUCUGGGCUUGGACGACACGCCUCCGUGCCCGUGCGUAAUCGCGGCCGGCGGCGAAGGCGAAAGCGGAGGACACCUGGACUCCUGCUGCUGCCCCCCGCCUGCCUCGAUCUCCAUCCUGGACCUGAAAGAGCGCUUCUCCAUCCUGAGCCCCUUCCAGAACCAGGGCACGGGAGGGAUGCUGUCCUCCUCCCAGGAGCGGGAGAUGGGCAUCGGAGGGGGGUUCGCCGGGUUCGACCUGUUCGGCGUGGAGAGGAAGAUGAGGAAACCAACUGCGCGGAAUAAGCAGGAGCCCAAGAUCUGCGUCUUCUGUCGGAAUAACGGCGCGCCCGAGGAGGUGUACGGCUCGCACGUCCUGAAAACUCCGGACGGGAGGGUGGUGUGCCCGAUCCUGCGGGCGUACACAUGCCCCUUAUGCAGCGCCAACGGGGAUAACGCGCAUACGAUAAAAUACUGCCCUCUCUCCAAAGACCAGCCUGCCCAGAGAGUGCUGAAGGGAGGCAGAGCUGUGGGUGGUAAGCGAGUGAAAAUCUUCUGAAAAAGACUGAUGACGUAGCCUACACUUACAUUUAUUGCACUGAACAUUUUCUUUCAGAUGAUGACUGUUCUGAUUGUGGCUUUCUGAGUCUUAACUGCUAGGCAACAGGACUUAUUAAACAAAUAUGAUAUCCCAUGUUUUGUUGAGAAUACAAAAAAAAAAAAAAAAAAAAAAAUCGUAUAUUUUUAUAGAUACUUUAUUUCCAUAGUUUAUUGCAUACUUUAUUCAUGAAAAAAAUAAUCUAUUUUUUCCUUUUCGCGCAUAGGUUUUAGAUGUUUAUUCAUUGAAAAUCACAAUUCAUAGUCACGUGUUUUUGUGAAAUAAAAGAUGUUAUUUUUGUUUAAAUGGAAAACGUGAAUGUUGGCAUUUAUAUACACACCAGAGGAGCUGCUCUUCUGUUGAACUCAAGUAUUUUAUUUACUGUAAGCCAAGCUUGCACCUCGUUUCGUCUUUUGAACCAAAGUUUAUGUUGCCAUUAAGCGAUUUUACGAAUGUUCCACAUGUCUUCAUUUAAUUGACAGGCUUCUGAACCGAAGUUGGAAGUCCCAUUCCGCUAUUCCCUUAUAAUCCACUCCAUAAUGUCUCUUCCUCCGGGGCCUGACAUUUAACACGGGCGCGCACAGCAGCACAAUAGAGUCUCUGUUGCGCGUUCACGUUCUCAGCAUAACUUCAUAAUCAGCCAGGGGCGUAGAUUCCAGGAGGGAAGGGGUGGGGAGGUAACCCCACCCCCUCCCCUCCCCCAAUGAUCAAAACAAGUACACCCCUCUACACCCAAUAUGUAUACCAUGAUCAAUGGAAACAUGGACAUUCUUCACACUGU